AUGUCGUGAAAGAAACAUAACCAACAAAAAUUGUUUUAAGAUAUUCUGUUCGUCCAGUCUGACGUUUGUGCCGCGUUUCUUGAGUGUUCCACGUGUGUUUUAUAAUCUUUGACAUAAAUGUCUCGCUGCCUGGUGAUCACCCUAAUCGGCCGCCCAAACAUUGGCAAGACCGAGUUCAUCAAGAACUGCGUGUCCCUGCUGAACAAACGCAGAGACUUCGAGAUCGUGCGCUUCGCCGCCUGCAGCUUCUCCGCCACCUAUGCCCAGCUGCAAAAGUUCCUCGGACACUCGAACGACCCAAACUUCGGGAAAAAGAAGGUCAUCAUAUUGGACGCGAACAUGGACUUGGAGAAGAGGGAGGCGAUUUCGAUGCUGUGCAAGUCCUACAGAGCCAGCUACGGUCAGUUCUACUUCAAGAUAGAGCAGACCCGGCUCAGAUUGAAGACCGUGCCGGCCUCGGACGUGGCAAACAACUGCAUUGGCAAAUACAUAAGCCAAAACUUCAAAGUCAUCAUCGAGCCGAAGUAUCUUCUGCCGUGGGAACGCAAUUAUCUGAUAAUCGAGCUCGACAUUGGAUUUUUGGGUUUCGUUUUGGACCUACACUUCGCGCUGUGUUUUAUGGAAGAGAACCUCAAAGUAAACAAUACUGAGGACAUAUUUUUUUAAAAAUUUUAUGUUGAUUUGACCUAUGUAUGUCACUUUUUACUUUUAAAAUUUGUAAUUAUAUCUUUUUAAAUGAUCCUUUUGUGUUCUGUUUUCAGUCAAAUAACUGUAUUAUGUGUUAUUUUAAAUAAA